AAAGGCAAGCGGUAUAUUAAAAAGCCAUCUCAGGCGAAGGCCUCUCUCUGACUUGUGUCUCCGUCACGGGGCUUUCAGGAUCAUGACCUAUAAAAUGCUUCAAGUAGCCCUGUGUUCAACGUUGCUUAUUGGCGCGUUGGGAGCACCAUUUUUGUUGGAGGACCCUGCAAACCAGUUCCUACGUCUCAAAAGACAUGUAAAUUUGCCUGAUUUCUGGGACCCAGAUCACAGCUCAAAUGUGUGGAAAAACACACUGGCCAAUCAGGCUCACGAAACAUGGAUUGCUUUGAAAACAGCAGCACAGUAUUAUUUGGGUGUGAACACCUUCACUUUUGACAUGUCUAUUGCCCAGUAAAUGUUUUCCUGGUUAAAGCAGGAGGAUGAAGAUGGUGGAAGUUGGAAUGGCAUUGUGCCAAAACCAUAGAUUUUUGAGACCUGAGGGUAUAUCCAUGCUGUUUACUAUAUUAUUUAUUAUGUCUGCCUCAAAGUUGUUGAGAAGAGUAGUUACGAUUACUCGUGUAGAAACCGGGAACAAGACAUUCUCAAUAAAUAGUAGUUCUGGAAAACAAAACUAAAAAAAUAAGGCUGUAGUAAUAACAUUUACCAAAAGGAUGGCAUUUAUGGGAAAACAAAAGCAAAAACAAAAAAAAAGUAGCCUCAUUAAACCACUCUGUUCAUAGCUUCUACUUUCUAUUGCCUCUUCUUUGAGAGAGUUUUUUCAUUCAAAGAAGGGCAGGGAGCUCUCAAAGGGAGCUGAUUCUCUUUUCUUUGGUGCUUGUCACCUUCUUAAGUCAAUCUGUUUCAAAACCGUGAUUUUGAAAUGUUUUCCAGCAAAAGUGUACUGCUGAGGACAGUGCAGUGCAGCCUCAACCUAUAUAACAGAGUAGACAGUGGCUGGGAACCCAAUGGAAGCCAUUCAUUUGCAAGUGCAAACUUCCUUCACAGUUUCAUAAAAAUUUUUUGCAAGUUUUGCAUUCUGUUCCAUAAUCUGUUGAUUUUUGUUUUAAUAUGAAAUAUUAGUUUUGACUCACUGAACAGGCACAUUUUAUAAUCUUUUUGAAUAAAACUGAAAAGUUGUCCAUUGGGAAAAGUGGACUGCAUUUAUCCUAUACCUUUCCAUGUAUUCAUGGAUGACCGCCUCAGUUUGAGAAGUGCUGCGAUAACGUUACUAUCGCUAAGGUUGCCCCCCGCCAAUUCACAGCUAAAUGGAAUUUUUGUCUUCGGAAGUCUAUUUCUCUCCAUUCUCUAUUCUCUAUUUUAGUUGUUCUCUGUAACGAUUUAUUUUGAACUUUUACGGUAAAUGGAAACAUUUCUCUAAAACCUAAGUUGAUUUUAUGUGGUCUUAAAACAAUCUUAAGCACUUCUUGAGUGUCAAGUAAAUCAGAAAAACCAAAUGCCAAAAAGCGGUACUAGAAGGACUUUGGCCUCAGCAAUCUCUUCUCCAAAAGGACACUGACAGCUUCUUGCUAUUCCACGUUUCCUGUCCUAUGGCCAAGGUGCUUUCAGUGAGAAAUUUAAGGCUAACUUAUAACUUAUUAAGUUGACUGCUAUCCAUUUCCAAUAAAUAUAAACAUAGAUUUUUAAAUUACAUCUGAACAAACAAAACAAAGAUGAUGACUCAUUUGGUUUUGCAGUGGGAAAUGAGUUUGAGAUUGUACCUAAAUAUAUCUUCAGUGUUUUAACAAUAAUAUACAUUUUACUACCACAAA